AAUUAGGCCAACCGCUUUGUUGCACUAAGAAUCAAAUUAUUUUUCAAAAGAUAAAAAGAUCACGCAGUUUACAUGACUAAAAGAAGGCAGCCUCAGUUUCUGUGAAAGAAAGCUGAGCUUGUUCUUACAAGUUACAAUAACUGAUAUUUACAUGUUCCUCUAUUGCAUCCAAAGCAGGCAAAGCUGUCUUUUAAGAUAGAGAAAGAGAGACAGGGCUCUGUGAAAUUACAGUUUUGACAUGUCCUUUUUAGAGAAAGAAGCUUACUUGAUUUGACAAAGUUACCUUGAAGUGCACGUCCCUGUCUGCUACUCUUUUUAUUUUUUUGAAAUCAAACUCUUCUGCUGGAAAGAGAGAAAAAAAAGCAUCUUGGGUAUUGUGAAUCAGAAAAAAAAUCCUAUCUUUUUUUCGUCAAGAGUUUUGUUUGUUUGGGUUUUGAUUAUGGGGUCUUUGGAAGGUGUUUAGGGGGUUUAGUUUGUAGCUUAGUUUUGGAGAUGAAACAGAAGGGUAGCUCAGAUUUGGUAAGUAAAGCGGUGGUGGUGGCUGUUAAAGCAGCAAGGGAGAUCCCAAGGACUGCUCUGGUCUGGGCUUUGACUCAUGUUGUUCAGCCUGGGGAUUGCAUUAAGCUGCUUGUGGUUGUUCCAGCCCACUCCUCAAGUAAAAGGAUAUGGGGAAUAUCAAGAUUUACCAGUGAUUGUGCCACUGGUCAUUGGAAGUCUCUCUCGGGAGCUACUAAUUCGGAUGCAAAACAAGAUCUUGCAGAUUCAUGCUCCCAAAUGAUUUUUCAGUUGAAAGAUGUUUAUGACCCCGACCAGGUAAAAGUCAGGAUAAAAAUUGUUCCUGGAUCGCCCUACGGAAUAGUUGCUACCGAGUCCAAGAAAGCUCAAUCGAACUGGGUUAUAUUGGAUAAACACUUAAAGCAUGAGAAGAAACAUUGCCUGGAAGAGCUGCAAUGCAAUCUUGUGGUCAUGAAGCGAUCUCAGCCAAAGGUUCUUCGGUUGAAUUUGGUCGGAUCACCGAACAUGGCGCCUCAAGUGGCUUGGCCAUCAUCUUUUGAAUCAGAAACAUAUCCUAAACGUAGGAAAAGCAAGCACGAUCCGUUAGAUGAAACUAAAGGUCCGUUUGUGACUCCGGUUAGUAGUCCUGAGCGGGAAUCAUCCCUGAUCACUACUGAUAUCGGAACUUCAUCAAUAUCAGGCUCAGAUCCAGGAGCGUCACCAUUGUUGCUCCCGGGGGUAUAUGAAAGUUUGAAGAACGAUUAUUCAUUUAUCACCGAGGAAAGACAAAGUCUGUUUGACUCUGAUUCGGGCUCUGAAAGUGAGCUAGAUCCUCUUAACACCAGAUCCUCUUUCCCUCCAUGGAUGUCUGACAUUCGUGGUUCUAGCACCGACUCUAAGCUUCUUGGCAAGGAUUUACGGAGACUGAAUGACUCAUCUCUAACUUCAACAUAUAACAUUUUGUUGGAGAAAUUAUCUAUCUUGAAUUCAGAACCUCAUGUCGGGGUCCUUAAUUAUAGGCUCGAUCUGAAGGUCAGCAAAAGUGUGAGGGAAGCUAUCUCACUCUCAAGGAAUGCUCCUCCUGGACCUCCUCCAUUAUGUUCGAUAUGUCAGCACAAGGGACCCGUGUUUGGGCACCCUCCAAGGUGGUUCGCUUAUGCUGAACUGGAACGUGCUACAAAUGGCUUUUCGCAAUCAAACUUCUUGGCUGAAGGCGGAUUCGGUUCUGUUCAUAGAGGGAUCUUACCAGAUGGUCAGGUGAUUGCUGUGAAGCAACAUAAGUUCUCUAGCUCUCAAGGUGACCGAGAAUUUUGCUCAGAAGUUGAGGUGUUAAGUUGUGCACAGCAUCGGAAUGUUGUAAUGCUGAUCGGAUACUGCAUUGAGGAUGGAAAAAGAUUGUUAGUUUACGAGUACGUUUGUAAUGGGUCUCUGGAUUCUCAUCUUUAUGGGAAUAAUCAUGAUACAUUGCGAUGGUCUGCACGACAAAAGAUUGCUGUUGGAGCAGCUAGAGGAUUGAGAUACCUUCAUGAAGAAUGUAGAGUUGGUUGUAUUGUACACCGUGAUAUGCGGCCCAACAAUAUACUCGUCACCCACGAUUUUGAACCUUUGGUUGGAGAUUUCGGAUUAGCAAGGUGGCAGCCAGAUGGAGACAGGGGAGUGGAAACUAGAGUGAUCGGACGAUUCGGGUACUUAGCUCCAGAAUAUGCACAAAGCGGCCAAAUCACAGAAAAAGCUGAUGUCUAUUCCUUUGGGGUGGUAAUGGUCGAGCUGAUCACAGGACGAAAAGCUAUGGACAUCAGUCGGCCAAAGGGACAGCAAUGCCUCACAGAAUGGGCACGCCCUUUACUAGAACGUCAUGCCAUACGGGAACUUGUCGACCCCCGCUUGGGGAACAGCUACGUAGAGCAAGAGGUUUACGGCAUGCUGCAAUGCGCUUCCUUGUGCAUCAGGAGGGACCCUCAUACAAGGCCUCGGAUGUCUCAGUUACUUCGGAUGUUGGAGGGGGAUGUCAUCACAAACUCGACUUUCGAUGCAUGAAUUACUGGAGAUUGUUACAGUGCAUCCGACGAGCUGCCGAAGCUGUUAGAUUGAAUAUCAGCAUCAUGAUCUUGGCAGAAAAUAUUGGUAGCGUACAAAGAGUAGAUAGACAGUUCACUCUUGAAUAUUGAACCGAGGCAAAAAUUAUUUGGAAAUAAUGUCACCCUUUUAUUUUAUCUAUGGUAUAGAUUUUAUUUUAAGGUCACACUCAUAUAAAUGUAAAAUUUGAG